AUGGAAAUAUAUUUAAAUUCUUCUGAUAAUCUUAAAUUAAAUAUCUUGAUAAUUUAAAAAAAAAACAAAUAUAUUUUAUUAAACUCAGAGGUUUUAAAAAUUAGAGAUUCCAUAGUAUCUAAGAGGGGUAGUGUAAGGAAAUACUUGCAACCUCAUAAUUACUACUAUUUGAGACCAUUAUUAGAGAAGUAAAUCAAAAAAAUAUUUCAUUAGUAAAUAAAUGUUUAGUCGUAUAAAUUUAUUUCAAUAUUCUUAAAAUGGAUUUAAUUUAAAACUAAGGUAGAUUCAUGAUUUGAUAUAGUAGAAUAAAAAUAGACAUAAAGGAAAAAGAGUUAAAGGACUUAUGAAGUGUUUGGCUAUGGUGUUGGAAGAAAAUACAAAAAAAUUUCAUUUGAGUACUCAUUAAUAGUUUGAAUUCUAUGAGAUAUCUAAUUUGAAGAAGGCCUCAAAAGAUAUAUGCUUCAACUUUUACUUAAAUCACUACUGCUGCUCCUUAGUUGUAUCCUGUGAAUCAUUUAAUACAAAUAACGGUUAAGAGGAAUAGUUAUUAUUUUAUGAAUAACUGAUAAUUGAAGUGAUUGCAAAGUAAUCCUAUUCUUUAUUUUCAGCAGAUUUGAUAAUUCUCAAGUAUCCUAAGAAGGCAGAAAUAUUAGAUUUUUUACUGCCAAAAUUAUAUUUUAAGUUACUUUAACAAUAAAUUUGUAUAUCCAAUACAUUCUAAAUGACUAUUGA